UCCAGCCUCAGCUGGGCAGGCGGAGGGAUACGUCUCUUCUCUCUGCUUUGCAGGAGGAGGAGGUGCGGGAAAGCGACAGUAGCAGAAGCAAUAGUCGUAGUUCUUAGCAGCGUUCGGCCCUCUGUAUGCGACGCGGCUUCUCCAAGAUACAGUGCAGCGACGCACGGGGCGCUUUGUGUUUGUACGGAACUACUUUACGGGCGGAGGGAUCUCUCCGGAGCAAGAGGGACCUCAAUAAAAAUCGUACUUCCUAAAGCGAGCGUUACCUUCAUUGAGGUCCCUCCAUACCCUCAACCGCGGAUGGAGAGUUCCGGCCUCGUCGGGUACAACGUCGGAGAAGGAGGAGGAAGAGGCGGCGGCCCCGCCCACUGCCCCCCUCCCUCCGAGCUGCUUCCCUUCCCCGGGGGCGUCGCGCGGCAGACAGGAGCCCUCCCGCUGGAGGGGCGCUCGCGUGAAUGGCCGGGCGCCUUGCAGGGCAUGGCGGGGGCGUCAAUCGGGUCUCCCUGCUCGUGGAUUGAAAAGAGGCGGGGACGGCAGCAGCCCCGCCACUAGCUCCGCGGCGGCCCCGCUCUGACAAGAGGAGAAGCGGCCCCGUGGAAGGAGGCGACUCAGGGCAAGGGAGGCGGGUUGCAGCAGCAGCAGCUGCUCCUGCUCCUGCUCCUCCUCCUCGGUAGCCGGGCCCGUGGAGAGCGCCGAAGGACUCAUCUCUGGCCCCGCUGGCUGGUCUGGGUGCGUGAAGCCCCCGAAGGCGCCGGCCUGAUGGCUGCGGGACCCCCUCCCGGCUGAGCGCCUGCGACGGCCUCAGGAUCGGCGCCCCUGCUGCCAGGCAGGAGGCGCGCUCCGCUCGGAGGGGAGGGAAGGGCUCCAGCGCAGCGCGCCCCCGUCCGUCUGUCUGUCCGUCGGUCCCGCCGUGCACGAGCCGGGCGCUCCCGCCGUGCCGCCAUCUUCCUCUGUCUGUCUGUCUGCCAGCCCGGGCGGCCCUUUGUCCUCCUGCAGCGCUGCUGGGCGAGCCCAGGCCGGGCGACGGAGUCAGGUGCGCCCCCCCGGGGGGGGGGGAACCAUGUCCCGUCGGAAACAGACCACCCCCAAUAAAGUCCACUGGGAGCAAGUCUUUGCUGGGUUAGAAGAGCACACGCGUCAGGCCAUGAUGAGAAGAGACUUCCCUGGGCUGCUUGGAGCCCAGUCACCACUCAUGCAGCAGCUGCCACCCCUGCCACAAGAAAAGGACUCCAGCAGCAGCAGUAGCAGCAGCAGCAACAGUGAUAGCGAGGGGGAUGAGACAACACAAGAUGAGGUCUCCUCCCAUGCUUCUGAGGAGGAUGGAGCAUCAGCGACAGUGAAAAAGGAACUGGAACUUACUGAGCAGCUGGGCUGCAGCAAGCAGGUCACUCGAGGCCAUGAGAUGGGUUUAAAUGCCAGCCCAGAUACCCUGAUGGGACUCUCCCGUUGUCCCCUCUGCCAGCUAGAGUGUGGAAGCAGGGAGCAGCUUGUCACUCACGUCUAUCAGCACACGGCAGCUGUGGUCAGUGCCAAGAGCUACCUGUGUCCCGUCUGUGGCCGAGCACUCAGCUCCCCGGGCUCCUUGGGCAGGCACCUCCUCAUCCACUCCGAGGACCAGCUGUCCAACUGUGCGGUGUGUGGGGCUCGCUUCACCAGCCAUGCUACUUUCAACAGUGAGAAGGUGUCAGAGGUGCUGUGUGGAGAUGCCCUGCCCAUUCCCCUCCCUGAGGCUUCUUCUGGUGCCGAGGAAAAAGCAAGUGGUGGUGGUGCUGCUGCUGCUGCUGUCAGCCCCACAGUGUAUCCUGCUGGCAUCCUCCUGGUGUGCAACAGCUGUGUGGCCUACCGCAAGCUUCUGGAAGCUCAAGCUCCAGGGGUUCGCAAAUGGGCCUUGCGAAGGCAGAAUGAGCCCCUGGAGGUGCGGCUGCAGCGCCUGGAGCGAGAGCGCACAGCUAAGAAGAGCCGUCGAGACAACGAGACGCCGGAGGAGCGGGAGGUGAGGCGCAUGAGGGAUCGAGAGGCCAAGCGGCUGCAGCGUAUGCAAGAGACGGACGAGCAGCGUGCGCGCCGCCUGCAGCGGGACCGUGAAGCGAUGCGCCUCAAGCGGGCCAACGAGACCCCUGAGAAGCGGCAGGCUCGGCUCAUCCGGGAGCGUGAAGCCAAGAGGCUAAAGCGGCGGCUGGAGAAAAUGGACAUGAUGCUGCGGGCUCAGUUUGGCCAGGACCCCUCGGCCAUGGCUGCAUUGGCAGCUGAGAUGAACUACUUCCCACUGCCAGUGGGUGGGCUAGAGCUUGAGGGGCAGCUGCUUGGUAAAAUGGCCUUUGAGGAGCCGAGUCCCAGUGCCCUGCACUGAGGAGGGUAAAAAGGAGGACCUGCUCUUGUCUGCUGAGGCCCCACUUGCUCCACCAGUGAAGCAUGGAACUGGAGUGUGACAACAGUCUGAGGGGGGCAGGGAGGGAGGAAGGGGCGGGCGCACUGGCUGUGAUCAGAAAUAAAUUAAUUGUACAUGUCCUCA